GAUGGCUGCCACCCACUGCAGUUGUAAACAUUGAAACUUCCUAUCUCAUUCUCGUUCUCAAAAUUUUCAAAUCUUCCAUUUCGCGAAGCUUUUCGGGUAUAGUGAAGAUUUGUGUGGUGAAAGGUGACAUAUAAAUACAUGACAGGUUACAAAGACUAUAGUAUUACUAUAAUCACGUGAGAGGUGGACGAACUGGUCUGGGAUUGUCUUCACCUGUUGCUGUUUUAAACAGAAAGGAAGAGGACGAUGCCUGUUUCACUGUCCUCAUUUUAUCUCCCACCCUUUAUUUUUUCUUGUUUUCCGUCAAUUUUAACUAUUUCAACCUCUCGGAGUCUUCGUUAGGCAUCCGCCUCUCUCCACCCUGGGCCUAGGCCUGGCUUAACGUUGGCUGAAGCCUAGGUUAUUUCAGUCGCAAAAUGGACCAAGAAGACGAGAAUAUUUCCCUAUUGCUGAACAUGGGGUUCCCCGAUGUGCGGGCGAUCAGACGGGCCCUCAAGAUGAGCAAUGGUGAUGUCAAUGAAGCUGUGAUCUCCCUCACGGAACAGCCUCUGACAUCCUACAACACAGUCGGUGAUUUAAGGGAUGUGGACAUGACGGAAUCAUCUGGUGCACCUCCAUCGUAUGAAGAGGUAGAAGGAGAUAAUGGCAAUAACAUGGAAUUCCCAACAACGAACUUAUAUGAGCUUGAAGGACGUGUGUUCACAGAGACUUGGUCCAUUCCUUAUAAACGAGAGGAGUCCCUUGGAAAAUGUUUGAUAGCAGCAGCCAGAUUAGCAGAAGAAGGGCUAUGCGAUGCUGACGAGUCCUGCCAUCGCUUUAUGGAGAGAUGUCUUCCUGAAUGUUUCCAAAAGCUUUUGGCAAAUGGAGCUGUAAGACGAUGGGGACCAGAGAUUCAAGAGGGUGUUUUUAAUAUGUUGGAUUUGCUCACAAAUCUUGUAAUUGUGAGGCUCAAGCAUGGACCAGUUCCUGAGACACUGCUCAAAAAUACAUAUGCACUUGCCUUGGAUUCCGAAUGUGAAUGGAAUCAAAAAACAAACACCCGCCCGUCUGACCUUGAAUCUUAUGGCUGGUUGAUAGACCUCAUUAAUAUUUUUGGAAAUAGAGGUGGUUUUGAACUUAUAGCUGAUCGCUUUUUUGCCUCUCAAGAUCAGCUAGAUGCAGGACAGAUGGCAGCACUUCUACUUCCAAUUGGACAGUGUGCCAGAAUGCUGAAAACGCCACAUUUUUCUGCACGCAUGAAUGCUUUGAAGGUUAGUACUAUAAGCUAUGAAUUGGAACUUGCCAGAUUGAUAGAGGAUAGUGAAAGGUCACGCAAUGCUGGUACUGAUGCAGAUUUAGUACAGGAAUGGAUGACCACAAAUAGUGUUCUUUCUCUUGCUCUAGAAGGUAAUUAUCUUGUAUUCUAUCUUUGCAACUGA